AUGGGCGACUGGGAAAUCAGGUACGAGCACCCGGGAAAAGCGGUCGACUGGUUCGGGAACACGGCGAUCGAAGUGGGUCGCAGCGGCAAAUUGAACUGGUUUGUGCUCGAUUCUACAGAGAGAAGAUCCUCAGAAAAGCGGUUCAGGACGUGGCGAAUCGCGACGAUUGCAAUGCUGACGGACGAUUUCACGCCGGAGAACUCGGUCGAAAUGUCGUGGUUUUUCAAUUGGGACGAACUGCAAAAAGAGGGAAUCGGCGGCUUCAAAGGACACAUCACCGCCUCGUACUACAGCCAAGUGCGGCACGCGUACGUCCCGACAAAGUUCGAGGUGAAAUUGGAUCGAUCGGACUGCCGGAUUGAGAAAAUCAUGAAUAAACUCGAGCUUAUAUUGUACAUUAAUGAGGAGUGUCGGUGUUUUUUCAAGUUCGAGUUGGAUUUGACGCCGAUCCGAUGCACGGACGACGUUUCCGAUUUGGAGUGCAAUUUUGUGGCCGAAGAGUUGCGGGACGCCGUUUUGGUGGUCGGAGACAAGCGGAUGCAUGUCAAUAGAGCGGUAAAUCCCCCGAAAUGCUAUAGAUUUCAGUCAUUUUCCCGAAAUUCCAGGUUCUCUCGACGCAUUCCGACUACUUCCGCACCCUGUUCUCCUCAAAUUUCAUGGAAAAGUCGAUGAGCGAAAUUCCGAUAAAAGACGUAAAGUACGAGGAUUUGGCACGUCUUCUGAGCCUCGUUUCGCCGAAACCGGUCACAGUAACAGGUGAAAAUGACUGUUUUCCCCCUAAAAUCUCUCAUUGUUUAGCGCUAAUGGCUCCGAGACUGCUGAAAUUGGCCGAUUUCUUUAUGAUGCCCUCCGUGCUCAAUUUGCUCGACCAAUUUCUGGUCUUGGAGCAAGAAAUGGCAUUUCCGGAGAAACUGAUGCUCGCCGACAAGUACAAACUGAGGAGCACGCUCCAGAAGUGUAUAUACGAAGUGAGAUCGGCGGAAGACUUCCGAAAAGCGUCCGUUUUCGAGUACAAAGAACUUUCCGACGCGACGAAACUCGAGAUUUUCGAUCGAAUCAUGGGAAUCUGA